CUUCCAAGUUCCAACUAACUCUCAAACACAUCACAAAAAAUCUAAAUAAAUAAACCCUUGCUAUUAGAUAUGGUUGGUUUGAUCGUCAGUUAGCACCUGAUCAAUGAUCAUUAUUAGUCGUUAUUUUUGCGCCAACAGAUUUACAAAACGGUUCAGGGUUUCUUUUCACUACUAUAAAAAAGUUGGGGCUGGUGUUGGUAUAAGCCCAAAGAAAGAGCAGCAUAUAAUUGGAGAAAGAAAUGGAAGAGGGAAAGCAGGAGAAGAAGCAGAAAGUGAUGGUGGCAAUAGACGAGAGCGAGUAUAGCCAAUAUGCUCUUCAGUGGGCUCUUAAUCAUUUAAAAGCUACCAUAAUCCACUCUCAGCUUGUCAUCUUCACGGUUCAGAACAAUUCUACCUUCGGCUACGUUUAUGCUUCCUCCUUUGGUGCUGCCCCUGCGACUUUGAUUGAAUUAAUACAAGAGAAUCAAAAGAAGGUUGCAUUAGCUCUCUUGCAGAGAGCAAAGAACACUUGUGCUGACCAUGGGAUUGUUGCACAGACAUUGACAGAGAUUGGAGAUCCUAAAGAAGCAAUAUGUGAUGCAGUAGAGAAGCACAACAUCCAUUUGCUUGUAUUAGGCAGUCACAGUCGAGGUGCUAUAAAGAGGGCUUUUCUUGGAAGUGUCAGCAACUAUUGUGUUCAUAAUGCCAAGUGCCCAGUUCUUGUUGUAAAGAAACCACUUCAACAACUUGUGUUACAAAGAUUUGAAGCAUAAUGCUGAUAAUCCUGGCACUGAGGAGACAAGUAAGUUCAGUUUUACCAACCUGCCAUAUGUGUACUUAUCAAAAUUUGCUUUAGAAAUGUUGUCAAAAGUUGUGGAAUUUGUAAUUUACCAAAUGUGAAAUAAAUGCAAUUCUGUAA